AUGUUGGCUGCACAGAAGGCAAUGUCUCAACAAUUGACAUCCCUCACAUCAAUGUUUGAAAAGUUUCAAGCAUCAGCAGUCCAAACACAGCCAACUCCACUAGUUUGUGACUUUUGUGGUGGAGAGCAUGAGAACACCAAUUGUGGAGCUCUUGGAGGAAAUGAAGCAGCAUCAGUGAAUGGGAUCUGGAAUGAUCAGAGGAAUUCAGGAAACUUCCAGAAAAAUCAAAGCAGUCCAUAUGGUGAUACUUAUAAUCCAAGGUGGAAAAAUCACCCUGGGUUCAAUUAUAAGUCAACUCAGCACCAACUCAACCCAUCUAUUCCACAACAGUCACAACCUUCACAAAGUAAUCCUUCUAAGCUGGAGAAAGCCUUGACACAACUCUCAAGAACAACUAAUGACUACAUCCAAGGUUUAGAGACUUUCGGGAAUGAGACAACUUCCUUUAUGCAAGAAACCCGAACUGCAAUGAGAAAUCAAGAAGCAUCAAUCAGAAAUCUUGAAACUCAGAUCGGGCAAUUAUCCAGGAAAAUUUCUGAAAGAGUUCCAGGAACUCUUCUGGGUAAUACAGACACUAACCCAAAUGCGCACUAUAAGGCCAUUACCACUAGAAGUAGGAUAGUAAUUAAACCUGUGAUCAAGCCUUCAGUUGAGAAAAAGAAAGUUGAAGAACCUGCAAUUGAAAAAGAAAAAGAGAAAGAAGUUGAGAAAGAAUCCGUUGCACGGAAAACAGUUCAUGAAAAGAAAGAGUUCAAAUGGGAGAAAAAGAAAGCUCAGGAAAGACAAGAAAAGCCAUUGGAACUCUCACCUUAUGCAAAGAUUCCAUAUCCGCAGAGGUUCAGAGAGGAAAUCAAAAAGCAGCAGUAUUCCAAGUUUCUUGACAUUUUCAAGAAGUUGCAAAUCAAUAUUCCAUUUGCUGAAGCCUUGGAGAGUAUGCCAAAUUACGCAAAGUUUAUGAAAGAUCUCUUAUCAAGAAAGCGUAAACUGAAAGAAUGUGAGACAGUGACUUUGACAGAAGAAUGCAGUGCUAUAAUUCAGAAGAAGUUACCUCUGAAACUCCAAGAUCCUGGAAGUUUUAGCAUUCCCAUAGAAAUUGGCAACAUUGAUGUGGGAAAGGCACUAUGUGACUUGGGAGCUAGUAUUAAUCUUAUGCCACUAUCCAUCUGCAAGGCUCUGGGAAUUCAUGAAUUGAAGCCGACUAAAGUUUCACUACAGUUAGCUGACAGAUCUACCAGGAGGCCAGAUGGAGUCAUUGAAGAUGUAUUGGUAAAGAUUGAUAAAUUUAUUUUCCCUGCGGAUUUCGUCAUCUUAGACAUAGAAGAGGAUGCUGAAAUUCCCUUACUUUUGGGAAGACCCUUCUUAGCCACUGCAAGGGCUAUGAUUGAUGUAGAGCAAGGCAAGUUGAUGUUACGGGUUAAUGAUGAGACCGUAACGAUUGAUGUUCUUGAAUCUAUGAAACAUCCUUCCGACGGAGGAGAUUGCUUCAAGGUUGAUGUAAUCAAUGAUGCAGUGUUAGAUACUAUCGAUGAAAUACUCCAACCACUGAUGGAAUUGGAGUCAUUAGAAGAAGAUCUACUGAAAAAUGCAACUGAAGCAACAGAAGGAGAACAAGAGGUUGAAAAGCUAGAAAAGAAGGUUGAUGAUGUUACUAAAGGAGCUCCAAAGGUUGAAUUGAAAGAGCUUCCUCCUACUUUGAAAUAUGCAUUUCUUGGAGAAAGAAAGACAUACUCGGUGAUCAUCAAUAUAAAUUUGUCAACUGUCGAAGAAGAAAAAUUAUUGAAAGUGUUGAGAGAGCACAGAACAGCUAUAGGAUCGUCUAUUACAGACUUGAAAGGAAUAAACCCAUCUUUUUGCACUCAUAAAAUAUUGAUGGAGAAUGAUGUGAAACCAGUCAGACAACCUCAGAGAAGAUUGAAUCAAACUAUGAAAGAAGUUGUGAGAAAAGAAGUCGUGAAGCUCUUGGAUGCUGGUAUGAUCUAUCCAAUUUCUGACAGUGCAUGGGUGAGUCCGGUACAAACAGUUCCAAAGAAAGGAGGGAUUACAGUGGUACGUAAUGAAAACAAUGAAUUGAUUCCUACAAGGACUAUUAUCGGCUGGAGAAUGUGCGUCGACUACAGGAGACAUAAUCAGAUAGUAGUUGCUCUGGAAGAUCAGAGAAGACAACUUUCACCUGUCCUUAUGAGAUGCCAAGAGAGUAAUUUAGUACUCAACUGGGAAAAAUGCCACUUUAUGGUAAGAGAUGGAAUAGUCUUAGGCCAUAAGAUCUCUGAGAAGGGGAUUGAAGUUGAUAGAGCAAAGAUCUCACUUAUAGAAAAACUUCCCCCUCCUUCUAAUGUGCGUAGUGUACGUAGUUUUCUUGGACAUGCAGGUUUCUAUCGGCGCUUCAUCAGAGAUUUCUCAAAGAUAGCCAAGCCACUCUGCAAAUUAUUGGCCAAAGAAGAAGAGUUCAACUUUGACAAUAAUUUUUUGAUUUCUUUUAAUCUCUUGAAAGAAAAAUUGACUACCGCACCUAUUAUCACUUCACCUAAUUUUGAAUUACCUUUUGAAUUGAUGUGUGAUGCUAGUGAUUAUGCUAUAGGUGCAGUUUUAGGUCAAAGAAAAGAUAAACUAUUGCAUGUUAUAUAUUAUGCUAGUAAGAUUCUGAAUGAAGCACAAAUGAAUUACACUACUACUGAAAAAGAAUUGCUAGUAGUUAUAUAUGCUUUUGAUAAAUUUAGAACCUAUUUGCUAGGAUCUAAAGUUAUUGUGUAUACUGAUCAUGCUGCCUUGAAAUACUUAUUGACUAAACAGGAUGCUAAGCCAAGACUACUUAGGUGGAUGCUUCUACUUCAAGAAUUUGAGAUAGAAAUCAGAGACAAAAAGGGAGUAGGGAACCGGGUAGCUGAUCAUCUCUCUAGACUUCAAGAGGAAGAACUUCAAGAUAUGGACACUCCACCAUGGUUUGCAGACUUUGCAAAUUUCAAAGCGGCUGGGACAAUUCCUAAGGAGUUUUCAUGGCAACAACGGAAAAAGUUUCUGCGUGAUGUGAAAAGAUACUUGUGGGAAGAACCAUUCUUAUUCUACACAUGUUCUGUUGGAGUCAUUAGAAGAUGCAUCCUGGAAGAAGAGAUGAAAGAUGUUCUAUGGCACUGUCACGGUUCAGACUACGGAGGCCACUUCGCGGGAGAAAGGACGACUGUAAAAGUUCUUAUGAGUGGGUUCUAUUGGCCCACUUUAUAUAAAGAUGCCAGAAAAUUCAUGGAAUCUUGUGAUUGUUGCCAAAGAACGAGGAACAUAUCAAAAAGACAUGAAAUGCCACUGAACAAUAUCAUGGAAGUUGAAAUCUUUGACGUUUGGGGCAUUGACUUCAUGGGGCCUUUCCCCACUUCAUACGGAAAUAAAUAUAUAUUGGUGGCGAUGGAUUACGUCUCUAAAUGGGUGGAAGCAGUUGCUUUGCCUACCAAUGAUUCUAGGGUCGUAGUCAACUUCAUCAAGAAGAACAUUUUCGUGAGGUAUGGAGUACCAAGAGCAAUGAUCAGUGAUGGAGGCACACAUUUCUGCAACAGACAAGUUGAGUAUGUGCUCGCAAAAUACAGCGUCAGACACCGCAUUGCCACACCAUAUCAUCCACAAACCAGUGGACAAGUGAAGAUAUCAAACCGGGAACUGAAGCGUAUCCUUGAGAAAACAGUGGGAAGCUCCCGGAAAGAUUGGGCUCGCAAGCUAGAUGAUGCAUUAUGA